UCAUUCUACGCUCUCUCUCAGUAAACCACGUUGUGUCAUUGUCUACUCUCCGCGCCGCAGCUACUGUUCUUUCUUCUUCUUCUUCUUCAGCGUGUGUUUCUGAGUCAGCAAAACCCUAAUCCAUAACGAUGCCUGCGGCGUGUAGUGGAGUUGCAUCAAUGAUAGGUUAUUUGCAACAACCACCUCUUUCUUCGACCAAGCUUCAUAAUUUCUCUCAUGGAGGCCUUUUACCUCAACUUCAUUUCAACAACAAUAAUCAUUUCAAGCCAUGUUGCAAAGUAUCUAUUCACGAAGCAACUUUUGGGAAAUCAUCAUCAUCUUCCUCUUCUCCUUCUUCUCUCCCUAAAAAAAUUGGAGGUGAUGGAUCUAGCUUCUUGGACUAUGGCUUGAGUGAAGCUGAUCCUGAUGUUCAUGCCAUAAUUAACAAGGAAAAGGACCGUCAAUUCAGAAGUCUUGAACUUAUUGCUUCUGAGAAUUUUACAUCUAAGGCAGUGAUGGAAGCAGUUGGUUCAUGCCUCACAAACAAGUACUCGGAAGGUUUGCCGGGUAAAAGGUAUUAUGGUGGCAAUGAGCACAUUGAUGAGCUCGAAAUCCUAUGCCAACAAAGGGCAUUGGCUGCAUUUCAUCUAGAUGGUGACAAGUGGGGUGUAAAUGUUCAACCAUUAUCUGGUUCCCCGGCUAAUUUUGCAGUAUACACCGCAAUUCUUAAACCACAUGAUCGUAUAAUGGGUUUGGAUUUGCCUCAUGGGGGCCAUUUAUCUCAUGGAUUCAUGACAGCUAAAAGACGUGUAUCAGGCACAUCAAUUUAUUUUGAAUCCAUGCCUUAUCGACUUGAUGAAUCCACAGGUGUUAUUGAUUAUGAUAUGCUGGAGAAAACUGCUGCUCUCUUCCGACCAAAACUCAUUAUUGCUGGUGCCAGUGCUUAUCCUCGAGACAUUGAUUAUGCCCGCUUUAGAAAAAUUGCAGAUUCAGUAGGUGCGUUUCUGAUGAUGGAUAUGGCUCACGUAAGUGGGCUUAUUGCUGCUUCUGUUCUUGCUGAUCCCUUUGAGUUUGUUGAUAUUGUGACCACCACAACCCACAAGUCUUUGAGAGGUCCUAGAGGUGGUAUGAUAUUCUUCAAGAAAGAUGCUGUGCAUGGAGUUGAUCUGGAGUCUGCCAUUAACAAUGCUGUUUUUCCUGGUCUACAGGGGGGUCCUCAUAACCACACAAUUGGAGGACUAGCAGUCUGCUUGAAGUAUGCUCAGUCUCCAGAUUUUAAAAAUUACCAAAACCAGGUGGUUGCUAACUGUAGAGCUCUUGCUAACCGGUUAGUUGAGCAUGAAUAUAAACUGGUUUCUGGUGGUAGUGAUAAUCACCUGGUUCUUGUUGAUCUGAGGCCAUCAGGUAUUGAUGGUGCUCGUGUGGAGAAAAUUCUUGACAUGGCUUCUAUAACCCUCAACAAGAAUUCAGUGCCUGGUGACAAGAGUGCCCUGGUUCCUGGAGGCAUCCGCAUCGGUUCACCAGCAAUGACAACAAGAGGACUUGGUGAAAAAGAAUUUGAACUAAUUGCAGACCUAAUUCAUGAGGGUGUGCGGAUAAGUCUUGAAGCCAAAAGUUUGGUCUCAGGAACAAAGGUUCAAGAUUUUCUAAACUUUGUGUUAGCUCCUGAAUUUCCUUUGGGAGACAAGGUUUCAAAUUUGCGGAGGAAAGUUGAAGCUCUUGCUACUCAAUAUCCUAUUCCUGGAGUCUAAUCCUGCUUGCUUAAUUAGUGCCAAAGACCAGGACACUGUUGGAAAUUUUGAUAUGAUAAUAAGUACAUGUUUAACUUUUGCGUUGCUGUUAAUAUUUGGUUAUUUUACAUUUCCUGACAAAAUGUGUCUUCUGUUGAUGAUGCUCUAAUUACAUCCCUGAAUACUUUAGUUCCUGGUUUGCCUAAAAGCAAAGCUUAUCAAGGUGUAAGGUGUUAUUGUUGCAUUUGGCUCCAAUAGUGAUGAGUAUUGAAUGAUGAAACGAUGGUUACAGUUAAGCUAUUAUUUUAGUUGUACUAAAGAUUUAGUAAACCCUUAAUUGUUCUUCAAGAUUACA